AUGACUGACAAUCGGUGGACGCUAUUCUCAAGAAGUACGGAUAUUGCAUCCGGAAUCAUUCCCCAAAACAACGAUCAUGACGAUAGCAGAGAAAUCGAGAGCCACACUGACAUCAAUGAAAAUCGAAUUACUGUGUUUCCGAGGAGUGAGGAGAUAUGCGACAGCGAAUUUGAUGCCAGAAACAUCAGCCAGCCCCAAAACAGGGAGGUGCGACGCUUUCAAAUUCCAGAGCGAUGGCUCCAGCUCCCAAUCAAGAGGACCAUCAAAGCCGAUGAACCACAUCCCAAACGCCAAAUGCUAUCAUUUUGCAAGGACCAUACGCCCUGGAUGAAAUAUGAAAAGUUCAAAGAGGGAGCGAAGCCGGGAAAAACCUGCUUAGCCUACGCCACAGACUCCCCAGGGACGGUAGUUGCAAUCAAGGAGUAUAAGACGAGUGGUAUCGACAAGACUUGCCAUCUGAAGAUGAUCAGUCACCCAAAUAUUGUCAACCUCCUUGACGCAUUCAAACAGUCUAGGACUCUGUAUUUAGCGUACGAGAUUAUGGAUCUCUCAUUGGAGCAACUUCAGUCUGGCAUUCGGCUAAAGGAGUCUGAUCUUGCUUUCAUUUGCAAGGAGCUCUUGUAUGGGCUUUGGUAUAUUCACCGAGAUCUCGGUGUUUGCCAUACAGCCCUUACCUGCGACAAUGUGUUCAUAUCAUCGCAGGGUAACGUGAAGAUUGCGAAUAUAGCAGCCUGUCUGCUCGAACGACAUCAAGGGUCUGAACAGUUCGAUAUCAAGUCCAUUGGUAUUAUGAUUUGCAAAGUCCUCGAGCCAGGACUUUCUGCUCAUGACCUUGAGGCUUCUUAUGCCAGUCUUUCCCACGGUAGCGAUGGUAUACGCACGUUUAUUUCUACAACUGCGAGGGCUACAAUACAAGCACUUUUGCAGCAUGUUUUUAUAUCAUAUGCAGCUGCUGAAGGAUGCUUGGUUGUACCUGUUAUGAAGGUCCGAGGUUUGGUUCUACAUGAUUACGAAUAG